AAGCGUCAAGUGGAACAGGAUAUGACGCCAUCUUCUCCGUGCACACAGCUGAUCGGAGACAGAAACAAUAACGGUCACACUCGUCAUUACUGGCGAUUUGUAACCCAGAGAAUGUGAAGCACGGUGUUAGCAUCCAGGCUCAUACGGGGCUGACUGUCAGCGGAAGCUGCUGCAGUGGCGACGAAGAGCUAAGGACGCGUAGUUUUACAGCAGAGGCCUACCUGCGAUGCUAAGCUAAGUGCUGAGCUGUCACCGCUAGCACGGCAAACAGUUGGAGGAACAAGUGAGGGGUCUUCCCAGCUGUAAUUAGAGACGUUUGUGUGCCCGCGGCUGCUGCAGAUGUGUGUGUGAGCCUGUCUGCUGAUCGCAGCCUCUCGCAGACCUUCUCUUGGCGCUUUCGCUCAGCCCUCGUGGAUCCGGUUACUCUCAGUUACAAGAAGUUAAAGACCAUCCUGGAGUGUCGAGGGCUGGGAUACUCCGGGCUGGUCGAGAAGAAGGAUGUGAGCGAGCUGGUAGAGAAAUCAGUUCAGGACUUUGAAACUGCAAAGAAGCGAACGGUUCUGAUAGAGAGGGCAGGGCUCGCCAUGAAGGGUCCUCACAAGGGUACGGCACCAUCAAACGAUUGCUUCUCCACAACAUGGAAGCUUUUCUCAGGCAUUGUAAUAACCAAGCUGGGUAGGCAGACGAGUCAAUACAUUAAAACGGCUCUGAAAGACGUUGUAAAUGGCACCACAGGCCAAAGCAUCAGCUCAGGGUUGAUAAACAGGGGCUCUUAAGACAGGGUCAACCAGCCUGAGCACUGUCUGGAUGACUACACGAAUCUAAUGCCCCACACAUGGAUACUCCAGAGCCUGGCAUUAAACAAGGGUGAUAAUGUGCUAAAAACAUUGAUGAGGAAGUCAGGGGGACUGUGGAAGACAACACUGAAGGCCAACUCCAAGACAACCCCAAACAUUACCAUCAGCUGUGAAAUAUACCAGCGUGAUGCAUUGUCCCCACUCCUGUUCUGCAUAAGCCUCAACCAUUCAGUCAGCUCAGGGUGGACACAGAUUCAGCUGCUGAGUGACCAUCAGCCACCUCCACUACAUGGAUGGCAUCAGUGUGUAUGCCAGGAGCGAGAUAUCGACUCACCGGUCAGCCUCACCAGGAUCUACAGCCAGGAUACCGGGAUGCCAUUCAAACUGGAUAAGUGUGGCCAACUGUUUGCAAAGAGAGGGAAAGUCAUCCAGACUGAAGAGAUGGAGUUGCACCAAGGCAGAAUAGCAUAGAAGACCGCUACCAGGGCCUGAGUAUCCCAUGGGCCAAUGAGAACCAUGAAGAAGAUGCACAAAGGUCAACCAUAGUCAAAUACGUCACGUAGAUGGGACAGGUGCUGAAAGGCAUAAGAUUCAGCUCAUCAGUACAUGUUCCCUAUCAGCCAUCAGAUACCCUGCUGGGAUAACAAGCUGCCCGCAGGAGGAGGAGAGCUGACACAGGGGGAGCUGUACUCGGCCAUAAAGAAGCAGAAGGAGCAGACAGAGGCCGACGGCUCCAGCACCACACACUUCAGUGGAGAGGUGCACUUCUAUGAAUUAGUAGAGGACACUAAGGAUGGGAUCUGGUUAGUUCAGGUCAUUGCUCAGGACCGGGAAGCUCUGCUCAGCCAGUCCAACUGGGGGAAGAUGGUACAGAAGGUGUCCCAGUUUGGUAUCAGAACUGGAACCUUCAACUGCUCCAAUGACUACAGGUCGUGCAUCAAGCGUGGCUGGCAGCGCUCCACCCUGAUCAUGUCGGUUCCCCAGACUUCAGCAUCAAAGGGCAAAGUCAUGCUUAAAGAGUACAAAGGGAGUCGGGUGGAAACUGAGCAGAUCUUCCGCUGGAUGACCUCACAUGUGGCUCAUCGAAUCAAAACCCUGCAUCAUUCUGAGCAGCUGGUGGAGGAGUGGCGUUCUGACCCAGCUCAUCCACUGAAAAUGUUUCUGUUUGCCCGCCUGGCCCAGCCGCCGGCCUUCUUCUCCUCGCUGUCUGUUAAGUUCACCGGCAGGAUCGAGUUCAUCUUUGUGGAUGUGCGUCGUUGGGGUAACUAUAGCAGCCUGUCAGAGAUUGGUGUGACACGCAGCCCCGCCUACAUCCUUAAGAUGCCUGAGGGCAUAUAUCACUAUGGCAACAGCACCGGGGAGUUCCUGUCCCUCGCUGCCAUGGAUACGUUCCUGCGUUCGGUCCAACCAGAGGUCAACGAUCUGUUUGUCUUCAGUUUGGUCCUCAUCAACUUGCUGGCCUGGAUGGACCUCUUCAUUACACAGGGAGCAACCGUGAAACGAUUUGUAGUUCUGAUCCGAACACUUGGGACCUACAACUCCAUCCUGCUGGUUUCCUGGCUGCCAGUUCUGGCUCUCCUUCAGCUGCCCUAUCUGGACCUUCUGCACGGCUACAGUCUGAAGCUGCUGCGUUAUGCUGACACCACUACACUAGCCAGCCUAGUGAGAGCUAACUGGACCUUCUACUCAUCCCACCCAGCUCUCUUCCUGUCUACCUACCUAGCCCACGGCCUGCUCGUCGACUACUUUGAGAAGAAACGGCGCUGUGGUACCAGGAGCCAAGAAGACAGCCGUACAAACCUGGAGUGGCUGGCCAGUCUGUGGGACUGGUACACUUCCUACCUGCUCCAUCCAAUUGCAUCACUACAGCAGUUUCCGUCUGACCACUCAGAGUGGGAAGAUGAUCCUAACUUCUUAUUUGAGCAUUUGGCUUUUCCUGAUCUGUGGCUUCGUCCAUUAGUAAACAUGGAUUACAUCAAAACGCUGCCGACCUGGAGGCUCAGAGCAGCUGGUCAGUCGGAGGCCUCUUGUGAAAAGGCGGAUGAAGAAACACGUAGUCAACAUUCAGACAAAGAGAGGAAGGAACCUCCACAUGGUAGCAGCAGCCACAAGAGAUCACUAUGUAGUGUGAACUUCAACUCACAGCUUCCUGCGUGCGGCGACGUGGACGCCAGCGGCGGCCGUCCGUGUGCUGCUGAAUCAUCCGGGAAUGGAAGCUCGCUGUCAGCUGACAGGGCGGUGAAGGAUAACUGCGUCGUGUCUGACUGUGUUUCUAACCAUCAACACUGUGAUUGGUCAAUGUGGCCCUGUGACAUGCUUCAGUGUUCAGAAUGUGUGGUUUGUCUGGAGACCUUUGUGAGCGAGGAGGUACUGAUGGGGCUCCCCUGUGGCCACGCCUUCCACCAGCAGUGCAUUGUGGUAUGGUUGGCAGCAGGCAGACACUGCUGUCCAGUAUGUCGCUGGCCCAGCUACAAAAAGAAACUGCAGAGGGCUGCUCAGAGUAGUUCUACUGACAACACAGUGCAGGACUGAUGAGAUGGCCUUCAGCUAUCGAUGGUGACAGUUUCUCCUCUUCGUGUCUCUUCAGACUCUCUAACCAUCAAGAACAAUUAAGAAGGAAACAUGGUCAGUAAGCGUGAUUAGGGCGGCGUUAUUAUGAGCCAUUAGUAAUCUUUGCUUCCAUUCCUGUUGAUGAGCUGGGCUGUCAAAGCCCAGCUACAAUGCUUCUUAUCUAGACGGGACGUUGACUCUCACAGUAACCAUGUGUGUAGCCACAAUAAACAAUGUAGUGCAGUGAAAACAUUUUUAAUUUUGCUUUGUCAUUCUUUGGAUGUUGUCGGUCUGAGAGAAAAUGUAAUCGCCCCAAUAACGCUACCAGCUGGAUUUCUGUCAGGACGAUAAGCUGAAUGCAUCAGAAGACAUUUGUACAGAAAUCUAUGUAGACUCUGUGCUUCGUCCUGUGUCAUCUGCACCUGCAGCAAAGAAGGCCUUUGCUUUGUGUUUGCAUUUUGUCCUGAACUGUAUGAAAUGAAAUGGCUUUGUCUCCUGCACACUGGUCACCAUAGGAGAGGAGCAGAAUUCAAAUAAAUUAAUUAGAUAUAAUUGCUGAGAAGCACUUUCCUGUAACUCUGACCGUUUUUCUGAGAAACAUCUGGAAUUAUUCAGAUUAAACUUUGUCUCCUGUCUGCUGCAAUAUUUCACCAACACAGAUUCUGGUCAGAGGUCUCACACAGUGAACAGCUGUUGAUGUGCAUGCAGGGCGACAGGACUGACUCUGACUGGAGCCCUUUGAACUGGUCACCUGAAAAUGAGGCUUUGGUGUUUGUGAGCUGAUUCAGAGUAGCAGUAAAGUGUGACCAGUUCUAGACUUCGUCACUAUCGUUUACCUUGAUUUCUUUGUGGUCUCUGAAGACUAAACCAAAGCAAAUGUCACAAAAUUGGGGUUCAUAUGUGCGAGAGCUAAAAUAAGGUUCGUUGCAUGCUUCAGAGACGAGUCAUGUUUGGAGUAAACUGUGUGGGUGAUCACACCGUCUUACAUCCACUCUAAGAACACUCAAGCAACACCGCUAACCUGAUGGCUGCGCCUAUGAUCAGAGUAAGCAGUACCAGCUGUGCACAGUCCCACCCAGGACAGAUAGUUUCAGCUUUUACCAACUAAGAGCAAGACGAGACCCCCUGUUAUGGGACCACAACAGCUGCAUUAUCUGGGAGUUUUUAGACAAUCCAUCUUCAAAAGAAUUGUUUUGUAUGAUAUAAAUAUGUUAUCACAGGUAUGCCCUGAUCAACUGAACCCAAACUAUCUGCCUAGUAUUUUUUUCCUAACAUGCUCAGUGCUUUGACCUGAGCAGUUUUCCCAUCAAACAACAUUUAUUGUCCUGCUAGUUUAAGCUGCUGCACCACGGUGGGCGCUAUAGGUCUGCAACAGUCUGUGGGUGGAUGGUACGUCCACCCACAUGGAUGGAUGCAGGGUUUCCCUGGCAAAUAUUGUAUUGUAAUUAAAAGAUUAACGUUA